AUGCCUCGCUACACUUCGCCCGUGGAUGGUGCACAACUGUACUAUCGCGACUACAAACCUAUAUCCGGCGGACAAGCAAACACAGGCACAAAACCCGCCCUCGUCUUUCUUCAUGGAUGGCCAUAUUCUUCACUAGCAUGGGAGACUCUUACGGUGCAGUUAUGCGAGAACCAUGGCUUCCGAUGCAUCGCCCCCGAUCGCCGCGGAUUCGGGAAGAGUGACUGGGAUGGUCCGCAGAGUGAUAACCAGAUCACAUACGAGACCUUUGCCCACGAUACUGUGCACUUGCUGGAGAAAUUCCUUGACGUUGGGCCCUUUGUGUUUAUCACCUCUAGUAUGGGCGCUGGCGAGAGUAUCCUUGCGCUUGAAGCGAGUGAAUAUCUCAGGAAGAAUUGCAAGGGAAUUAUAUGGGUUGCCCCAGCACUGCCAGGAAAAUUGCCAGGAGAAGACAACCGUACAACAGGACCGAAAGCAGUCUGGGAUGGCAUCUGUGCUGGUUUCCAGAAGGCCCGAGCCGAAUUUGUUCAUGCUGCCCUCCCUGGAGUCAUAGUGGGCACUUCGGGGCUCACUGUAUCUCCGGAGGUAUUAAGGCAACAUGAACAGAUUGUUGAGGAUGCCGAUGGGCUGGCUAUUCAGCGCUGCGCCCAUAUUGUUCGUGAAGCCGAUUUCAAUGAGAAGCUCGUGCGUCUCAAGGAAGAUUCUAGUGUGCCGAUUCUUUGUGUUCAUGGCGACUCUGAUCAGGGUGCGCCGUAUGAGAAGAGCACGAAGUUGGUCAAGGAGAUUAUCCCGCGAGUUCAGGUGGAACUCUAUGAACAGGCGGCUCAUGCCCUGAAUGUCACACAUGCCGAACGGUUGCUAGAAGAUGUUCUGAAAUUUGUUCAGGCUUGA